AUGUGUCCAACUACCGAAGAGGAAAGGGACAGAAUGAACCAAGUUCCGUAUAGAAGCCUCAUCGGAUCCUUGAUGUACUUAGCUACAAGUACGCGUCCAGAUAUAGCUCACGCGGUGAGCGCGCUCAGCCAAUUCAAUGACAAUCCAGGUGAAGAACACUGGAAGGCUGCAAAGCGAGUAUUGCGUUACAUCAAGAGGACCGAAAAGAUGGAAAUUGUCUUCACUAAAACUGAGAAUGAAUUGAUUGGAUUCUCGGAUGCUGAUUGGGGUGCAAGCAUUGACGACAGAAGAUCAUACACCGGCUACGUCUUCCGACUUUUCGGCGGUGCAAUCAGCUGGUCAUCAAGAAAGCAGAAGACGGUCGCCAUGUCAAGUGCUGAAGCGGAAUAUAUGGCGCUAUCAGAAGCGGCAAAAGAAAGCAUCUACCAGCGAAGAUUUUUAACUGAAGUCGUUGGAAAACUGAAAACAACACUGAUUUUGUGUGAUAAUCAAAGUGCUGGGUUAAUGGCGAAAAAUCCAGUUUACCAUGAGCGUACAAAGCACAUCGACAUUAGAUAUCAUUUUGUGCGUGAGUCGGUUGAAAGAGGUGAAAUUCGAAUCGGGUAA